AAAAAUAUCCUCCUCUGCUGGUUACUGCAUAUGAAUGCUACAGUAUGAAUGAACCAGGCUAGAUCAGCUAUUCUUUAGACAUACACGGACUUUGUUUCUGUCCUGCACUUGAAUUAUUUGACUUAACACAUUUCCACCAAUGGACAUUGAUUUUACGUACAUUUUAAGGUUAAAAUGUCUUACAAGUCGUCGAGAUAUUCAGAGUGGCGAGGCGGCAGCUCACGUUCAGUUCAAGCGGAGAUUGACUUUACGUCUCCCGGUUUGGCGGUAAUGGAAGUUGAGCGUCUUCUGUUCUCGGGGAAAGCGAUUAACAGUGACGCAGAUGAAGUCUGGCCCAAACUUUACAUCGGAAACAUGAACAUUGCUGAAAAUCUGGAGAAACUGCGCAGAUGUCAGUUCACUCAUGUCCUAAAUUGUGCUCACAGCUCCAGACGUGGCAGUGAGAUCUAUAAAGGCAUGGGCAUCACGUACAUGGGCAUUGAAGCACAGGAUACAACCACAUUUGACAUGAGUGCCAACUUUAACACUGCAGCAGAGUUUAUACAUACAGCACUAAUAGGAAGAGGCAAAAUCCUGGUUCACUGUCAUGUUGGAGUGAGUCGAUCAGCAACUAUAGUUUUGGCAUAUCUAAUGCUGAAGCAUAACAUGACCCUGGUAGAAGCAAUCAACACGGUGAAAGAGGGAAGAGGCGUCAUUCCCAACCGAGGCUUCCUAAGACAACUCAUUAACCUUCACAUCAAGCUGCAUGGCUACACAAGCAAAUAAGAGUAGAAGUAAAGCCCUACACUAAAAAUGUAGUUGUUAUUCUGGUGAACUUUUAAGAUAAGAUUAUAGCUGUCAAUAAACAAAGCAAAGCUGUUUAUUUGAAACAUAAUUGGUUAAAUAUUUUGUAUGUAACCAAAAUAAAGUUGGAUAGAAAGAGCAAA